UCUAAUACUCAGGUGACUGUUACCGCUCUCGGUUCAGCUCAGCUUGGAGAGGGUCACUUGCUGCCAGCGUCCCUGCAUCACAAACGUUGCCACAGCUGAGUGCUGGUGACACCGCAGCUGGUGAAAGGGUGACAGCCCCGUGUCACGCCUGCAUCACAAACGCCAGCCCCAUACAUAGGUGGGGCUGAGUGAGGCUGGGCGGCACUUUGCCUGCGACCUGCCAGGUGAAGAGAGAUGCUCUUGAGCUGGGAACGAAGAGCAAGUGGACUGCGAGUUGGGACCGGCUGCUCCUCCUCAAGCUCUCCUUGGUUCUCUUUGGCACUCUACAGGCAUGUCUGUCCAGCUCUGGGAAAUGAGCUGGUUCCUCAGCCAAGAGGCCUUUGUCAUCUUCUUGGCUUUGCUGUGGUUGCUGCUGGUGCUGCUUCUCUUUCACCUCCUGCCGAUCCUGGCCAAGCCCCAGGUAGGAGUCAAUGCUGGGGCCGAGCGGAGCCCUGGCCAGCAGGAUGGGGGGUCAGCAGGGGCCCGGGAGCAUCCCCAGGGGUGGGCUGGAGGAGCCCAGCCUGGCAGGAGAAGCCGUUUCCCAGCCGGGCCCUGGCCAGCCUGGGCCAGCAGCCUUGGGCUGGGCACAGGUCUCCCCUGGUGGGCUCUGGUUUUAUGCCGGUGCCACUGAGGUGGCGGGGAAUGUUCCUCUCACCCACUGCUUUCUGUGCCUGUGUAGGAAGGGAGACCAAAGCAGCACCAGCACAGAGACAACAGGGGGGAUGUCAGAGGUGAGCAGACCCUGGGCAAGGGCAGGUGCCCUGCAAAGACACCCCCUGGCCCCACGAGCCCACCGCCCCAUCAGGGAAUGCACCAUCUGCUCACUGUGUCUCCUCUGCCUGCAGCAUUUGUCCUCCUGGAGACUUCACGGCCCUCGAGAACACACUGCCGUGUACAUCCAGACAUGGGUCCCAUAUAUGAAAUAGCCGAUCAGUUCAACAGGGCAGUCGAGAACCUAACAAGAUACCUUGACAAGUGAGGCCACUAAGGACGGGAUGGGGAUGGGGAUGGGGAUGGGGAUGGGGAUGGGGAUGGGGAUGGAGAUGGGGAUGGGGCCAGAGACAUGCCUGGGGGAACGACUUGGGGAAGGUGUAGAAAAAUUAAUGGGCCUAAAACAUAAGUGAUGAUGACCUUAUGGAAAGAUUCACCUCCAUGGCAUGGAGCUGACAGUCUCCCCACAUUGUCCGUGGUCAGAGGGAGAUUUUGUGUCCAGCAGGCAGGAACGAGGCUUUGGACACACACUGGGUGGGACCCCACGUCUGUGAUGCAGCCUGCUGCCUCCUUCAGAGCAGGAGGGAGAGCCCCAGGGUGCUGGGGAGUGCUGGGCUCAGGCUUUCCCUACUGCUCCUCCUCACACAGGCUCAGCUGUGAGACACCUGAUGGCAGUGAGAGCUCCUGGAUUACCAUCACAGACAGUGAAGUCGGUUCCUCUUCAAGGGCCUCUUCAAGGGCCUCUCUGUCCCCUUCAAGAGAAGACGCCCAAAGUUCCAUCCUGACCAGCACUGCCAGUUCCUCUGCAGAGGUGCCUCUGUCCCCUUCGAGAGAAGAUCCUCACUCUUGCAUCAUGACGAAUGAAGCCAACUCCUCUACAGAGCUGUGUCUGUCACCUUUGAGUGAAGAAUCCUGGACUUCCACCACAGCGAGCAACCUUGGCUCCUUCUCACUGGCUUCUGCCCUCACUCCCGUGGAUGAAGGCGACAUGGCUCACGCCUCCAGUGUCCAUCCUGGCCUGGGGCAUCCCAGAACAAACCUUGAGGAGCAGCCUGGCCCAGAAACUUUCCCAUCCUGUGAGGAAGUGCUGGCCAUCUGCCUUGAGGCCAGUAGUGUGCAGCAGCAACAGCAAGAUCUCCAGAUCCUGACAGCUGCUCCCACUCCACCUCCAGAGGUUCCUGAGGUCUGCUCCAAGGAAAUGGAGAUGCCUCUCACAUGCCACAAAGACCUGGACACCUUGGAGAGCCUCAUCCUGGAAUCCAAACUCGAGCAGGAACUGGGCCUGUCAGCCAAUGUGGAUGACACUCCAAAGACUGUUCCAGCCUCUGCUGCUCCAAAACGUCAGCGACCAAAAAAGCAAGAGGUGAUGGUGCUUCCCAUUGUGCAGGACCUGUUCUUCCUGAAAAAAGAUAUGAAAAGCAGACUAGAGCGUCAUAUUUACAAAAUGAACGUGCAAAGGCACUACGGGCUGCAAAAGAAGAUCCUGGAAUGCGAGGAGAGCUUUGAAAAGUUCAUUUUGAGAUAAACGCCUCUCAGCCUUUCCCUCUCCAGCCGCACUCUGAGCCCCGCCGUUCCCCCUUGCAUCACUGGGACACGCACGCUCAGAUGUGGCACCGAUGGGAAGAAGCAGGGCCCUGGGAUGCACAACCCUUCACCUUCGGACCAGGCACAGCGGGCGCUGCCGCCAAGCGAUGGACAUUUCCUGUUCAAGAACAGCCUCUGUGUCUUGAUUUCCUGAGCUCAUAUAGCUGAUCUAAAUAAAA